AUUCUAAUCUCCGAAAAAUAUUCAGAUGGUUCUGUAAUUUCCCAAUUUUACAUGGGCCCAAUUGCAAUUAAAAGUUUAAGCCUUUAAGUCCUUCAUCUUUCUUAAUUUCCAACCGAGGUCCCGAAAAUCUCAAAGCCUUACACUUUUUCACUGUCCCCAAAAUUGCAUGUGAGCACUCUCAAGAGUGUCUUUUCCCACCCAAAUCACUCCCUAAAACCCUAAUUCCCCAAACCCUCCAAAAGCUUCUUAAUUUCCCCUAAUUUUCGAUCGCCAAAUGAUGCCCAAUUCCCUAAAGUAGGGUUCUUACGGCUUCCAAUCAUGUCCUCCGAAGAAUUGGGUCUGGUUCGGACCCAGAACGGGCUCAACUCUCCGCUCGUGUUCCAAGACGAGAACUUGCGCUUCAAUUGCGGAGCUCCGCAGCAGCGCCGGGUCGGGGACGCGGGUCCAAAGACCAGAGAGCUCACCGGCUUCAUCGACGACCGGUUCUUCGCCCCACAGAGCUCGGACUUCCGGCGAAGUAUGUAUAGCGAGAACCCGGACCGGCGGGACCAGGCCCAGCCGCGAAACUGGAACUCGAACGGAGCUGAUACGACGCCGAGUGCCGAAGGAUCGGAUGAGGACGACGAUGACGACGAAGACGAUGAUGAAGGAGAUGGCGGGCUUGUCGGAGUGGAGAGCAGGAACAAGGGCAUUGCUGGUAAUAAUGGGAGUAAUGGGGAGGACAAAAUGGGAAAUGGGAAAGUUAAGCAUCACCAUCAACAGCACCAUUCUUCUUUUGGUGGGACACUGAUAGUAGGAUCUAGUAGACAAGUGUUGGUGAAAGAACAUAGUACUGGGCAGCAAAUAGUGAACAGCAACACAAGGGCUAGUUCCAGUGAUAAUCAUAGUAAUGCUCAGCAAGGAAGGCUUGGGAAUUAUCACAAUGCCGUCACGGUGGCCGAGCCGGACGGUGACAUGUAUUACUCUCAGUAUUUGCAGGGCUCUGAGGGGUCUGGUUCUGCUCCAAAGGAUUUGGUUGUGGAAAAUGGUUGUGGAUUUAGUGGAAGAAAGGAUGUUAUGAACUCGAGCGAGUCGGGAGACUCUUUGAGGGCCAUUCUCUCUGAUCCCGUGACGGGAGCUCUGAUGGAUGACGCCGUGAUAUUGCCUUGUGGGCAUUCCUUUGGAGGUGGUGGAAUUCAGCAUGUUAUUAGAAUGAAAGCUUGCUACAGUUGUUCUCUGUCGAUUUCAGAAGACUCAAUUGCUCCGAAUCUUUCUCUUCGAGCUGCUGUGCAGGCAUUCCAACGGGAAGAAGAGUUGCAGUUUUAUCGCUCAUCCAAAAGAAGAAGAGAAAGGUUUGACCAGGAAAAGGGUGGCUGUGGUGAUUUAGUUUUCGUGGAUUCUCCAAGGGGUAGAGGUGUUCAAUUUCCGUUUGCUGUGACUGACAGAGUUAUUAUAAAGGGGAAUAAGAGGACACCACAACGCUUUGUUGGACGCGAGGCUGUUGUGACAACGCAAUGCUUAAACGGAUGGUAUGUGGUAAAAACGUUGGAUAAUGCAGAGAGCGUAAAAUUGCAGUAUCGCUCCCUUGCCAAGGUAUCCGACGACCCAACAUCCAAGCCAAUGUCGAGCAAGAUGGCACCUAACUGGCUCUAGGCCGAAAUACUUCGUUGGCAAUAUACCACGUUAUAACACAACUUUGUUGUUUAAAUUUUUGCCUCUGUUUCCGGCGUUGUAAAUUAUAGAAGCCUUGUCACAACUGCUCUGAGGGAAGCUCUAGAAUUGUGAAUUUAGAUUGUAAAAAUAUGUAUCCAUAUUUCUUUGUGUUGAGCAAUGCUGUAUUUGAAUCCUGUGUAAAACUUUGAGGGUUCAUGUACAUCAUUUUUGGUCUGUGGGAUCCCUGCGACUUCCGAUGUUACCUCAUUCUGUCAAAUUGGUUAGAAAAAUCAUUGACUAGGCUA